GGGGCUGUCCUGGGACGUGUCCGGUUUCCUGGGCCUCACGAUCGGGCGGAGGCGGCGGCCGCAUCCCUCUCGACUAAAGGACUCGACGUCCAGUGCUCCGGCAGAAGGAUCUAAGAGGACCGCCACCGGCGUCGCCACCAUGCCCAACUUCUCUGGCAACUGGAAGAUUAUCCGGUCCGAAAACUUCGAGGAUUUGCUCAAAGUGCUGGGGGUGAAUGUGAUGCUGAGGAAGAUCGCGGUGGCCGCGGCGUCCAAGCCAGCAGUGGAGAUCAAACAGGAGGGGGACACAUUCUACAUCAGAACCUCCACCUCCGUGCGCACCACAGAGAUCAACUUCAAGGUCGGGGACGAGUUCGAGGAGCAGACUGUGGACGGGAGGCCCUGUAAGAGCCUGGUGAAAUGGGAAAGCGAGAACAAAAUGGUCUGCGAGCAGAGGCUCUUGAAGGGGGAGGGCCCCAAGACCUCCUGGGCCAGGGAGCUGACCAACGAUGGGGAGCUGAUCCUGACCAUGACAGCGGAUGACGUCGUGUGCACCAGGGUCUACGUCCGAGAGUGAGUGGCUACGGGCCGAGCCCACCCGGCCCCCCGCUCCUGCUCCCCUGCCCGGUGGGCCUCGUCUCCCCACUUCCGUCCACCUAGGCUAGCUCUCCCCCCCCACGUCACCUCCCCAGGGUGCUGGGGCGCUUUCUGCAGGAGCUCCCCUUUUUUUAACCCCCGUCCUACCCUCCCCGAUAUGAACAAAGGGAUGGACUGCAAGAGCCCAGGCCUCCCAUUCCGGAAUCUCCCCAGCCCAGAGCUGCAGUCCCAGCCCCGAAGCACACAGAACACAGUCUCUCCCUCUCUCUCUCUCUCUCUCUCUCUCGAACCGAGGGCCCAAGAGGGACAGACCCACCCUCUGGCUUCUACUCUUUGUCCCUGUAGCUUCCACAGUGUAGAAUAUUUAUUGGUUAAUUUUAUUAAAAUG